AUGUACCAUCACGGAUAUGUAGAUGUACGAAUUUCAGAUAGAGUCUCAGGACUCGGCGAAUGGGCCACGCGAAAGUUACCGACACCUGGGUACGCGUUCUGUCUGCCGGACUUAGAGAGGCUGGCACCAGAUUUUCGGAAUUUCCUCGAGAAGGACCUCAUUGAAACGCCAACGCAAAGAAGACUAGAAGCAUCGAAACAUCUCAACUGGUGGCAUCAAUAUGGCCAGAAGCUUUAUCCUCUCUCAACGACUGGUGAUGGUAACUGCCUGCUACAUGCUGCCUCAUUAGGUAUGUGGGGUCUGCAUGACCGACAGCUAACACUUCGUGAAGCACUCUAUGAAAUGCUUAAACGUGGCUCAAGACGCAGUGCUCUAUGGCGCCGUUGGAAAUGGGCAGAACAUCAUGCAAAUCAGGCGAGCGGUCUUAGCCUAACGCUGUCAGACGAGGAAUGGAUGCAAGAAUGGAAUGGUAUCGUGGCAUUGGCGUCUCCGGUACCCAGAAGAACGGACGACUCGAGUUCCGACUCAACUGAUCAAAUUUACGAAAGUCUUGAAGCGAUUCAUGUGUUUGCACUGUCGCAUGUACUCAAGAGACCUAUUAUUGUGGUUUCGGAUACGGUACUACGAAAUGCCAAAGGUGAGGAGUUGUCACCAGUGUCGUUUGGAGGGAUUUACUUACCCCUGGAGUGCCCAUCGGAUCAGUGUCAUAGGUCUCCACUAGUGUUGUGCUACGAUUCGGCACAUUUUUCGCCACUCGUUCCUAUGAGACAUGAUUCAUCGCAAAUGCAGAUUAUCCCGAUUACCGACUUCAAUAGAAACUUGCUGCCGGUUCACUUUGUCAUCGACCCAGGCCCGGAUUUCAGUUGGUGGAGCGACGAAGAAGAUGCGUCAAUGGCCGAACGUCUGGCGAUGACCGACGGCGAUAAGCUUGCGUUGCUGAGCGAAUAUAUGGAUCUGGUGAAAAUGGACGUAAGACGGGGAAGCGUGAAGAAAACGCGACCGAUUCGUACCACACAGACGACAUCUGCUUUGGAUAAGAGCAUGACGUUGGCUAGCAGUGGUUACCGCUCUGAGAUAAAUAUUUUUCUGUGGGAGCCACCUACAGUAUAUUCAGGUGUAUCGAGUUGUACGCAAGAGAAGAAGCGUAUCUUCAAUGAGAUCACGCAACAAUUUCUGCGCACGUUCCGUUUGUCGAACAGCAAGAACAAGGAGAAUGGCAUCGAUGCACGAAUGUGUGCAGCGGAUCUAUCGCGAUCGAAUUGUUUGAUUGCGGCCCGUUUGGUGUCGUCAUCGCAUGAAUAUAUGGAAGAAAUGGUUCGCGAAUAUAUGCGUAGCGCUAGGGAAAGGUUUCUGAGCUCAAAACAGGUUACGCCGUCGAGUGGUCGAAAACGUAUCAGCAGGUCGUUCAGUGCGUCAUCAUUGAUGAUUACAUGCAUAAAUCAGUAUUGUGGCAAGCCGGCAUUGCAAUCAAACAAUUUCCUUUGUCGGGAAUGCUUUGAACAUCAGAAGGAGCAGAUGACGUCGUUCAACUGCGAAAACCCGCAUCUCAUGAGAAGACUGCCAGCCGCCGUAGUGUCGACAACGGCGAAAAGUACGACCAUGCCCGCUAUAGCGACCCCCACGCGAUGCUCAUCCCGUGAUAUGCUGCGCACAGCUACCCAAGCGGCAGCAACACGUCCUGCACCGGUUUUGGGUGUGACUAGAGAAGGCAUGAAAACGACGACAAGGUGGGAGCUUGGUGUAGUCACCUUCUGUCCAAAGUUAAACUCAAGGUAA